AUCAGAACAAGUCUCCCACGUCCAGCCGCCAUCGCCGCCCUUCCAACCUCAUCUAAUCUCUGCCGCUACCACCUGUCACUCGCCCACUGCUCUCACUACCUACCUAACCUCUCGCCUCCGCCGCACUAACCACCAUCGUUCACUCCCGCUUCCCACUCCAACAACUCCAACAACAACAACAAACCAAAAACAACAACCGCCAUACUCACGACAACAACAAUCACAACCACCACCACCACCACCGCCACUACUACCACCAUUAUCACGGCAGUGUCAAUCAGAUCAACAUUAACAACAACCACGUCAUCGUCGUCGCCGCCGUCGUCUGGAGCUAAUUCGCUUCUCUUUGUCUACCAUCUUCUAGAACCAUUGCCGAUUGCAGUCGUAGACCCCGACAACAGGCCCUGACUACCGCCACACGAGCUGCCUCUUACCACCUGCUACUGUUGCUUUGGCUCUUCCAGAACUCCACGGCCGAAUCAUUUAGUCCUCAUCGCGCAACCUUCGGUUUGCCAGCUCGACCGCUGCAGGGUAUGCGAUAGAGAGAGACUGCUUCCCCUUGCGAGCUUCGACGACAAGUAGAUCAGCCGUUUGCGGCGUCGUAUCUACUAGUCACCUCACACUUUCCCUCCCCUACUCAGCCUUUCUUCCAUACACAGAUAGACGUGUCUGCCAGACAGUCGCAAUUCUCAAUCAUGACGUUAGCGCCACAAUCUGCACCUGCACCGCUGCCGCUGCCGUUGAAGCGACCCGCAGCCGAUAGCAACAGUCCUCUCGCGCGCAGUCCCUCGAGGAGAUCAACGCCCCCGCCAGUCGACCGCCACCGCCUACAGGCACGCCAAACGUUGGAAAACACCAGUUCGAAAGGCGGCCGUCGUAGUGGGCGUUCUUCGGUGAGGGCGAGCACUGGCGCCUUCGACCCAGAGUAUCUUUCUCGAGCGCUUUCAAGAGAGCUGUCUGCCGACAGCAGACGGGACAGCGCUCCGGCUGCGAGCCCUGGCCGGAAGAAGCGACGGCUUGACCAGCCUGAUCGAAAUGUCGAUAGAUUUAUACCGUCUCGGUCUGGGCAAGACCUCUCAGCUAGCUAUUCUCUUCUGGAAGGUUCUCCUGCCAGCCCAUCGCGCAAGAAGCCUACGCCACACGGUGAGCUUCACUUUCAGAAAACUGAGGAGGCCAACGACAGAUAUACAAAUCUCUUAAGGUCUGAAAUGUUUGAAAACACAGUACCACAGGUCACUCCAACCCUGUCACCUAAUGCUAACUUCCUUGGGUCCUAUUCAACCCGCGUUCAUGAUCCCACGAGGUCACAUACCCCACCAAACAAUGCAGCCCCUACCCUUCCUUCCACCAUCACGCCAUCCACUCCUAAUAAAAACCUCUUCACAUAUGGCACGCGUUAUCACGCAGCCGGUCAUCCCACACCCUCUAGAACUCCACAGAGUAGACAUGGACCAAACCUCGAUACAACAUCAGAUCUCUAUAGUUUAUCACCUGUUCGCUAUUCCAGUCAACAAAUGCUCUUGAGUCCUCGGCGACAACCUCGAGCCGUCAGCAAAGUUCCGUUCAAAGUUCUUGAUGCACCCGAGCUUGCAGAUGACUUCUAUCUAAAUUUGGUCGACUGGGGAAGCGCCAAUGUCCUAGGUGUUGGCCUGGGAUCAAGUGUAUACAUGUGGAACGCGCAAUCGAGUCGUGUUAAUAAGCUAUGCACACUCGAAGAUGAUAUCGUCACCAGCGUAUCUUGGAUACAAAAAGGCACGCAUAUCGCCAUUGGUACUGGGAAAGGAAUGGUUCAGAUUUGGGAUGCCGAAAAGACGAGACGGCUGAGAACAAUGACAGGCCAUACAGCUCGCGUAGGCUCAUUAGCAUGGAACACCCACAUCUUAACGUCUGGGUCACGAGACCGACUUAUUUACCAUCGCGAUGUCAGAGCCCCAGAUCAGUGGAUGCGAAAAUUAGUAGGCCACAAACAGGAGGUUUGCGGCCUCAAGUGGAACAGCGAAGACGGGCAACUCGCCAGUGGAGGCAAUGACAAUAAGCUCAUGGUUUGGGACAAGCUUUCAGAAACGCCGACUUGGAAGUUUUCGGACCACACCGCCGCAGUCAAGGCCAUCGCCUGGUCACCACACCAACGCGGUCUGCUCGCCUCAGGUGGCGGAACAGCUGACCGCAGAAUCAUUUUCCACGACACUGUGAGAGGAUCUGUCAUCAACGAGGUUGAUACCGGGAGUCAAGUGUGUAACAUCUCAUGGUCCAAGAACUCAAAUGAGAUUGUGUCAACACACGGUUAUAGCCAGAAUCAGAUCGUUGUUUGGAAAUACCCAUCCAUGACUCAGGUUGUAAGUCUCACCGGCCACACAUAUCGAGUGUUGUACCUGGCCAUGAGUCCAGAUGGCCGGACUGUUGUCACAGGUGCUGGAGACGAAACAUUAAGGUUUUGGACGGUGUUCGGUCGUCGCCCGGGCCAGAGGGAAGGAAGUGAUGGCGGCGGUGGACGUUUGGCAGACUGGGCCGUCAUUCGAUGAUCCCAAAUUCACGGUUCCACAGCUCAGGCUUGGCAACAUUUGAGUCCGCCCAUCUUAUAUUGACGACAACUCUUCCUAUUUAACAGCAAAAUCCAAAACCUGAAGAUCACGAACCUUAACGAUAUCUGUGGACGGUAUACCCAUACGGCUGGUUGCAUUGGCGGGGCGUUUUCUGCGGUAACACAGGUCUUAGAUACCUUGUACAAAAGGCGUAGGGGCGUAUUCUGUUUGCGUCUGCUAUAGAUACCAAUGGUUUUGUUGAAACUGUAGAGCAUGGCUUAUCUCGGAAAAAAAAAAUACUCGCGUGGAACGUGACAAGAGGUGCCACGAUCUUACGGCGAAAGCGGGAAAAUCAUACGGCAUACCUGCUGGCAGUCAAGGAUCGGAUAUGUUUGCGAUGAGUUUUCACCGCGCGAAACAUACAUACAUACAUACAUGUACAUCCAUAUCUACUACUGCGUGGGACGGACGACGACUUUACGUAUCGCGGGGGUUGAAGAUGGACCCCUAUUUACGCGUAUGUAAUUAAUGAGCUUUCUGCAAGUAAAUCAGAAAGAUUUGGUUUUCAUGAUGCAAGAUAUCAAUCAAGUUAGUAAUCAAGUGAACGUAUUGCCAUGGGGCAUAUAACUUGACAAUUAAUAAUAUAUACUUUUGAUUUACGUUCAC